GAAAAUAUUUUUAGUAAUAUGGAUGUUAAUCAUAUGAAAGCAUCCCGCUGUCCUACAGAAGAACUGUCACUCACUAACUGUGCUGUCAUCAAUAAAGAUGACUUUCUGGAUGACGUGAAACACAUUGAAGUGAGUACAGGGUUGUCACAGCAUUAUGUCUUCACUGUUCGAUUUCAUCCUGAUGUGCCACGUGGUACUGUGGGCUUCAGCUUACAGCAGAGAAAAUGGGCAACACUUUCCAUCAAACAAGAAAUUGAAGUAAAGCCUUACCACUUCGAUCCAACUUCCGAUUCAGAAUGUCUGUGUACAAUUGUGUUGGAAGCAGAUUUCUUGCAGAAGAAAGUCACUACCUUGGAGCCUUACGAUACAGAUCAGAUGGCAAAGGAAUUCCUCCUACAGUUCUCAGGUCAGGCUUUUACAGUUGGCCAGCAGCUGGCAUUCAGCUUCCUUGAUAAGAAGUUGCUGUGUUUGGUUGUUAAGAGCCUCGAAGCUGCUGAUCUCAAUGCCAUCAAAGCUGGUCAAGAUGCAAAACCUAAGAAAACUAAAAUGGGACGUUGUCUGGGAGAUACCAUAGUGCAGUUUGAAAAAGCUGAAAACUCAUCAUUAAAUCUUGUGGGGAAAUCUAGAGGAAAAGUAUCUCGACAGUCCAUUAUCAACUCAGACUGGGACUUUCAGAAAAUGGGAAUUGGUGGUUUGGAUAACAAAUUCAGUGCGAUCUUUAAGCGAGCCUUUGCGUCACGUGUUUUCCCUCCUGAAGUUGCUGAGCGAUUAGGUUUGAAGCACGUGAAAGGAAUCCUGUUGUAUGGGCCACCGGGGACAGGGAAGACUCUAAUGGCUCGUCAGAUUAGAACCAUGUUGAAUGCUCGUGAACUGAAAAUAAUUAAUGGACCACAGAUUUUGGACAAGUAUGUUGGUGAAUCUGAGGCUAAUAUUCGUCACCUAUUUGCAGAUGCAGAAGAAGAAGAAAAAAGGCUGGGCCCCAACAGUGGCCUUCAUAUCAUUAUAUUUGAUGAAAUUGAUGCAAUAUGUAAAUCUCGAGGCUCAGUGUCUGGUAGUACAGGAGUUCAUGACACAGUUGUAAGUCAACUGCUUACCAAAAUAGAUGGGGUUGAACAACUCAACAACAUUCUGGUCAUUGGAAUGACUAACCGCAGAGAACUGAUUGAUGAAGCCUUGCUUCGACCAGGAAGAUUAGAGGUACAAAUGGAAAUUGGAUUACCAAAUGAAGAAGGACGAUUCCAGAUUCUCAGUAUACAUACAAGUAAGAUGAAGGAGUAUAACCAUAUUAGCCCAGAUGUUGACAUCAAGGAACUGGCAAGACUAACAAAGAACUUCAGUGGAGCCGAGUUGGAAGGUUUAGUUCGUGCUGCAUGCUCCACAGCAAUGAGCCGUCUCAUUAAGUUUACCAGCAUAGUGGAAGUUGAUCCUGAAGCCGCGGAAAAGUUUUUGGUGACUUGGUCAGAUUUUCUUUCUGCUCUUCAAAAUGAUAUUAAACCCGCCUCUAAAACAGAUGCUGAGGUACUGGAACGUUUCCUUGCUCGUGGUAUCAUUGACUGGGGUACCCAUGUAAACAGUAUACUAGAGUUUGGAAUGUUGCUCACACAGCAGGCUAGCUCUACGGAUAGCUCAGGUUUGGUUUCUCUUCUACUUGAAGGGCCACCAAAUUCUGGAAAGACAGCUCUUGCUGCACAGAUUGCAAAGAACUCUGGCUUUCCUUUUGUGAAAGUUUGCUCACCAGGAGAUGUGUUUGGCUUCACUGAAAGUGACAAAUGUUUAUACAUUAGAAAGAUGUUUAAUGAUGCCUGUCGCUCACAGUCGAGCUGUAUAUUUAUGGAUGACAUUGAUGAUCUCCUUGAUUACUGUCCAAUUGGACCAUACAUUUCUAAAGUUAUACUGAAGGCACUCUCCGUCAUUUUGAAAAAGGUUCCUCCAAGAGGACAACAACUUUUGAUUCUUUGUACAAGCAGCCAUAGGAAAUUAUUAGAAGAAUUGGGAAUGCUCUCAGCAUUCACACAUAUUAUUCAUGUUCCAAAUAUGUCAAAGGAAGAACAUUUAAAGGCUGUUCUUGAACCGUCCAAUGUUUUCUCUAAAAACGAUUUAUCAUCAAUAUAUCACAAGAUACAUGGUCGCAGGGUGUCCAUUGGCAUCAAGAGACUGCUGGCUUUGAUUGACAUGGCUCGCCAGGUGGAGGAGCAGAAUCGAGUUCUGAAUUUCCUUACUAACUUGAAGAAGAAGUAGACAUGGAUUAACCUAUACACUAAAAUCACACUUUGUGGAUGAGACAAGUGUCACAUUAGAAUGUUUUCUCAAUAUCCAUCGCAAGGGAGAUCGAGUUGCUAGCAAUAUCAUCCUUUAUUUCAAAAUUGGAAUCAUACAGGCUAUAAGUAUUACUUUAUUAUUCCAAUUAUGUACCUAAAGAGAGCAUAAUUUAUAAUUCAUUACACUACAUAAAAUGUGUUUUUGUUUAUUGUUGUGUUCUUAAAUCCUGUUGUAUUAUAGUCAAGAUACUCAUAGAAAUACUGACUAGAAGUUUGGAAACUGUAAAAAUUCCAUUGAUUAGAUUUUGAUGUAUAAUAUUCUGCUUCGCUUCUGUUGAGGGAUAUAUUUUAAGUAAUGCCAGUAUAAAACUUUUGUUAGGUUUGUGAGCUACGAUAACAUAUAGAUACUGCAAGAGCACAUAAUCAGUCUUAACACUUUGCAGACCGGCAAUUUAAAUCACCCUGCAGACUGGCAUUUUUAUACCUACUAGCCUAAC